AUGGUGGACCCAGCGAAAGAGCCGGGCAACUGGACUGAGCACACCCACAGCGAUGGUCGGCGGUACUACUACAACAAGGUCACAAAGCAGUCCAGCUGGGAUAAGCCGGAGUGCCUGAAAAAUGCAGAUGAAAAGAUGAACACCACCAGCUGGAAAGAGUACAAGACGGCAGAUGGACGAGAUUAUUACUACAACCCCAUCACGAAGCAGAGCGUUUGGGAAAUGCCUGCGGAGCUGAAGCGCUUGAGAGGGCUGGCCAAGGAGGACGAGAGUGACGACGAGAAGGACAAGAAGCCAAAGAAACAGGAAGAGCCAGACUGGAAGACACCCGAAGAUAGACGAAAUGCAUUCCGACAGUUGCUCGAAGACAAGGGCAUCAAGAGCAAUAUGAAAUGGGAAGAUGCUCUGAAGCUCAUCCAGGAGGACAGAAGAUUCGGCGCUCUAGCAGCUGCUGGGGAAAGGAAGCAAGCGUUUGCUGAGUACAUCACGCAGUCCAAGAAGCGAGAGAAGGAAGAGGAACGCGAAAAGAGAAAGAAAGCAAAGGAUUCCUUCAUCGAUGCUCUGACCGCCUGGAAAGAUCUGAAGCUCACGACAAGAUACAAAGAUGCCGCCGAACAUUUCUACAACGAGGAGUGGUUCAAGCUGCUGGAGGAAGAUGAGCGUGUUGAAGUCUUUGACGACUUCAUGGACGAGAACGAGAAGAAAGCCAAGGAAGACAGGAGAAAGAAGCGGAAAGAGUAUGUCGAGAAGAUCAAGGAAAUCUAUACGAAGGAGGAGAAGAUCACCGUGCUCAGUCGCUGGCGGGAUGUGCAGGAUGCUCUGCGUGAUAACGAGUACUUCAAAUGGCUCUCGAAGCUUGAGGCCUUAACCUCCUGGGAGGAGUGGGUUUUGGAUACUGAGAAGGCCGAGUUGAAGGAGAAGACCAAGGCGAAGUACCGUGCAGAGCGGAAAAACCGGGAUGCCUUCAGAGAACUGCUCCGUCAGCAUGGAAAAGAGGGCAAGAUCACCUCGAGCACCUUCUGGGGGGACUAUGCCGAGGAGCACGAUGUUGUGAAGGACUCUCGGUACGUCGCCCUCAUCGCUCAGCCGGGCUCCACACCACACGACUUGUUCGACGACUACUUAGAGGAGCUUUCAGACAAGUUCUCCCAGGACAAGACGAAGCUGAAGAAGCUAGCAAAGUCCAAGGGAUUGACGAUUACUCAGAGCUCCACCUGGGAAUGGUUCAAGACCGAGCUGAAAGAUGAAGCCGUGUUCAAAGACAUACCUGAAGAUCAGUGCAAGACCCACUUCGAAAGCCUGGUCUCAAAAGCCAAGGAAGUCGAGGAGGAUGCGGACAAGGUGGCCAAGAAGAAUCGAAAGAAGUUCGUGGAGCUGCUGCAGAAGUCCAGGGAGAUUACAGCCAAGACUAGCUACGAAAAGGCUGCAAAGCUGCUUGGCUCCAGCCCCGCUUGGGAGGCCAUGGAAGAUGCCACACGGCGACAGUGCUUCGACAUAUUCGUCGACCAGCUGAAGAUCCAGUCCGGAGGGAAGGAGGAAGAGGAGGAGAAAGAGGAGGAAGAGGAGGAGGAUGCCACCACCAAGAAGAAGGAGAAGAAGAAGGAGGGAAAGGCAACCAAGAAGAGGAAACAGGAGGAGGAUGAAGACAAGGACAAAGAAAAAGAACCACCCAAAAAGGCCAAGAAAAAGAAGGACGAUGAGGAAGAAGAGGGGGCAACCAAAAAGAAAGCGCGCAAGAAAGGAUAA